GGUUCCCAGGGGCUGGGAAGGGCCGAAGGUAGCCCCGACCAUGCCCCGCUACGCCCAGCUGGUGAUGGGGCCGGCAGGGAGCGGGAAGAGCACUUACUGUUCCACCAUGGUCCAGCACUGCGAAGCCUUGAAGCGCUCUGUUCAAGUCGUUAACCUGGAUCCUGCUGCAGAACAUUUUGACUACGAUGUCAUGGCAGACAUCCGAGAGUUAAUAGAAGUUGAUGACGUCAUGGAAGACGAUUCUCUGAGGUUUGGCCCCAAUGGUGGCUUGGUUUUCUGCAUGGAAUACUUUGCUAAUAACUUUGACUGGCUGGAAGAAUGCCUUGGCCACGUGGAAGACGAUUACAUACUUUUCGAUUGCCCAGGUCAGAUCGAGCUGUACACCCAUUUGCCAGUGAUGAAGCAGCUUGUGGAACAGCUUCAACAAUGGGAAUUCCGAGUCUGUGGAGUUUUUCUUGUUGAUUCUCAAUUUAUGGUGGAAUCCUUUAAGUUUAUCUCCGGAGUCAUGGCAGCCCUCAGUGCGAUGGUGUCUUUGGAGGUUUCCCAAGUCAACAUCAUGACCAAGAUGGACUUGCUGAGCAAGAAAGCUAAAGCAGAAAUCGAAAGGUAUCUGGACCCUGAUAUGUAUUCUAUGCUGGAAGAUUCGUCUGGUUUGUUCCAAAGCAAAAUGUUCAAGAAGCUGACGAAGGCCAUCUGUGGAUUGAUUGACGACUACAGCAUGGUUCGUUUCCUGCCUUUUGAUCGCUCUGAUGAGGAAAGCGUCAACAUUGUCCUGCAGCACAUAGAUUUUGCUAUUCAGUACGGGGAGGAUCUUGACUUUAAAGAGCCAAAGGAAUUCGAGGAAGACAAGCCUUCUGGUUAUGAUGAUUUCUUCCAAGACAGAGUGGAUGAAUGAAGACUCCUGGCUG